CGAUGGCGGCCAUCUCAGCCUGUUUAGCGGCGUUAGAUGUACUUGCAACAGAAGAAGAUAACGCUUCGUGCUAACAAGCUAGCGUGACUAACUUUAAAGACAGGGAUCUAACAUAAGCCAACAUGAAGUUUCAUCCUCCAUUCUGUGAUAAAAACGCGUGACAUUGAGGUCAAAAGGUGACGAGUGAUGUUCCUGAAUGAGCGCCCGUACUGACGCCGUCUGGAGGAAGCGGCGAGGGGCGGGGCUUGAGGGAGAAGCCCAGUGUGUGGAUGGCGUGUACCAGCAUGACACCACCACCUGUUGCUUGUGUGCUGCUGGUCAGCGUCUGGAGAAGCACUGCACAUCCGCCAGUCCCGGUGACGGACAGUGCGAGCUGUGUGAGCCAAACACCUUCAGGAGCAGCCCAAACCAGCAGAAGACCUGCGAGCGCUGCACGUCCUGCUCACAUCCCAACGCCUACCUGGAGGUGGACAGCGCCUGCACCCGGGCCAGCGACACCAAGUGCCGGUGCCAAGCAGGUCACUUUUGCACCAGUCUCAGUGACCCAGGCUGUAAACUCUGCCACCCUUGCAGGGAGUGCGGUGCAGAGGGCAUCAAAGUGGCCUGCGGGGCCGCCCACGACACCGUCUGUAACGACUUAUUGGAAGCCAGUGUGAGAACUCAUUAUGGUGCAGGAUUUGCAGCUGCCGUGUUCAUCGUUGGGGGGCUUUUAUUCUGGCUCGGUACCAGGAAAGUACUGUCUAAGAAGAGGACCCUCACUGACCCAAACGGCAAUGAAACUGAGGAAAAUGAUCCAGACAGCGAUAAGACGGAGGAAAAUGUGUUGCAGCAUCUGAGUGACACGGAUCCUUUGCCUCACCUGCCUGACAUCGCAGGCGUGGUCGGAUGGAAGACCAUGCGCCGCGUCGCAAUUCAAAGCGGGAUGAAUCCCGUCGCCAUUGAGGAUUGCGAACUGAAUUCCCCGAAUGAUGCUGAGGAGCGGACGCUGCAUCUGCUGAGGAAGUGGGUGGAGCUGCAGGGAAAGGACGCCAUGAAAAACUUGGUAGAGACCCUGGGAAAAACCCAACACAACAACACAAAGCAGAAAGUGGUGAAUAUUUUAUUAAGAAUCUAUUAAUAUGUUAUAGGGUUGUGUGGUGUGUAGUACAGUGCUACUAAUGAAUCACAAGUGGUACUAUAUUUGAAAAUUACUGGUUUGCCAUAUAUAUAUGUAUUUUUUUCAAAGGUAGGCAAGACAACUUUAUUUAUAUAGCACGUUUGUAACAGUUUUUAAAUUGGACCAAAGUGCUUAGAAGGAAGAUGAACAAUGAAUGAGCUAAACAAGAUAGUGCCAAAGCAAGAUGGUAAAAGGGUUCCAAUAAAAAGUAAAAUUGCAAGAUAAAAAAUAAUGAAAUAAUAAAAGUGCGACAAAUUGAAAAAAAGGUUAGACUGCACAUUGUUGUCAUGUCAUGACUCCGCUGGUUUUUACGAGCAGAGGAGCAUGUUCGGCAGCGCACGAUCACAGAGUACUUGCAAGCAGACACUGUGUAGACAGAAAUGGGAGAUUGAACGCAUUUUGGCGUAAAAAGUAAAGAUAAAUAGAUAGAUAGUACUUUAUUGAUUCCUUCAGGAAAAUUAAAAUUCCAGCAGCAAUGUACAGAGUUGAGAUCAAUUUAAAAAAAGUAAAAGUAAAUAAUGGGGGUUUAAAUGUAAACAAAAUAGAGAAAUAUUACAAUAAGAAUAAAAAGCAACAAUGGGAAUAACAAUAUAACAGUAAAAUAAGAAUAUAACAAGACAAAGUAGGCAGUAGUGAGCAUGUUAUGAAAAAGUAUUGCACCAGAGAGGAGUUGUACAGUCUAAGGCGUGUGGGACAAAGGAGUUCUUGAGUCUAUUAGUCCUGCACUUGGGAUGAAGCAGUCUAGAACUGAACAGGCUCCUCUGGCUACUGAUAACACUAUGCAGAGGGUGACUGGCAUCAUCCAGGAUGCUCACUAGUUUGUCCACAGUCCUCUUCUCUGCCACCCUCACCACUGAGUCCACUUUCAUUCCCAUUGUAGAACCGGCCCGCCUGAUCAGUAUCUCAAGUCUGGAGCUGUCCUUCUUAGAUGUACUGCCCCCCCAGCACACUACCAUGUAGAACAGAACACUGGCAACCACAGACUGGUAGUACAUCCACAGGAGUUUUCUACAAAUGUUGAAGGAGUGCAGUCUCCUGAGGAAGUACAGCCUGCUCUGUCCUUUCUUGUACUGGUGGUCCUGUUAACAGUCCAGUCCAGCUUAUUGUCCACCCCCAAACCCAGAGGUACUUGAAUGAGUCCACGGUCUGUACCUCAACUCCCUGGAUCACAAUAGGUUGUGACCGUGGACUCGACCUCCCAAAGUCAAUGACCAGCUCCUUGGUCUUUGACGGAUUGAGCUGCAAGAGGUUCGUGUGGCUCCAGACAACAAAGUCCCUCACCAGGUUCCGAAACUCCUCCUCUCUGCCGCCCCUGAUGCACCCGACGAUGGCUGUGUCAUCCGCGUACUUCUGGAUGUGACACAGCUCUGAGUUGUAGCAGAAGUCAGCGGUGUAGAGGGUGAAGAGAAGAGGGGCCAGCACCGUUCCCUGCGGUGCUCCGGUGCUGCUGAUCACAGUGUCAGACCUGAUGUCCUUCAGUCUGACAGACUGUGGCCUGUCGGUGAGGUAGUUCGAAAUCCAGGCAACCACGCAGGGGUCCACUCGCGUUUUGUAGAGCUUGUCCUGAAGGAGGUGGGGCUGGACGGUAUUAAAGGCACUCGAGAAGUCCAGGAACAGGAUCCUCACAGUGCCAUUUCCCUUAUCCAGAUGUGCAGCAGGUAAAGGAUAUCAUCCUCCACACCAACGCCUGCCUGGUACGCAAACUGCAGGCUGUCCUGCAGUUUGUUGACGUUAUAACACUGAAACUCCCCCAGGAAGAGAGGUGCUUUAAAACAUGGCUAGCUAGCUAGCAGCUAACAUCCAUCUGCGGUCGGCAGUGUUCUAGGACAGUGCUUCUCAACCUUUUUUCAGUCAUGUACCCCCUGGGAACAUGUUUUCCAUUCAAGUACCCCCUAAUCACAGCAAAGCAUUUUUGCUUGAAAAAACCAGGGCGUAGAAUUGGGAUAUUGGGACACUGGGGACACGUCCCUACCCAAUAUCCAGUGUAGUCACUAUCAAUACAAGCACUGCCCGUAAUGUUUAGUCAAUGAUUAUGGCACACAAAGGGUUAAAUGUCGGUCUCUGCUAGAAGUCCCGCCUCUAACCUAAAUAUCACUCCCUGAUUGGUUGCCGCUUUCAUGCUAACUUACGUGUGAUUGGCUGUCCCCGCUGUCACUCCUCACUGUGGAAAAAGCAGUCCCACCUAUCCAGACGUUAGCUCCAAAUUAGCACUGCAUCUCGUCUUUUCCUACGCUUUUUUUCCAGGUGAAAGUCAAUGCUCAGUCCCCUCUAACAUUGUUAACCCUGAAAGUUAACCUUAAACAUGCAAAUUCAACUACUUGAGUCCCUUUUUUAACAUCGUAAAAACAUCAGCUGUCUUUUACUACGGACUGCAACGGUCCGUUGUCAUGGAUACGUGACAACAACUUCCGUUCAUAGCAGUCAUGCGUGCCUGAGGCGGAGUGAUAGCCUGCGCUGUGAUCAGGCUUUAGAAGAUUUAAACCACGGUUAACAGCCAAUCAGAUCGCGGCAUUUCACCUUUCCGUUUUAUUUUUUGAUUUUUUUUUUAGUUUUAUGUAACAUAUUUACAGAACAAAAGCAGCAAUAGAAAGAAGUAAAUGAAGGGAAAAAUUGUGAGUGAUUUAAACACAAGUUGGGGAAAAGAUUAUUACAGUUCAUUGUUUAUUUACAAUGUUGUAUUGCAUGAAUGUAUUUGUGAUGUUGUUGAUGUUGAUUGACAGCAUGAUGCACACUUGCACUACACUAAAGAGUAAAGAGGAGAACUCUUCCAA